GUUUUCUGCGACGGCACCUCUUCGCCUUCGAAGCGUCCGGGCCUUUGCUCUGCGGUGGGUCGGAGUGCUAGCCCUGCCAUCAUCCAGGCAGAGCCCGAUGAGAGCCUGGGUGACGUGGCCGACGGGCCCGACAGGCGCUGGGCCUUGUCUGUCGAGGUGAAGGAUGCGAGGCUGGGGGAUGAAGUCCUCACGUACCAGUCGAUCUUGCCCUGCACGCUGGCGAGUGCGAAAGCGUACAUGAUCCUGCGCGCUGAUGGCACCGCGGAGGCGGUGGGGGACCCUGCUUUCGGUGGCCGAGGUGGCGCGAAGGGGGUGAAGGCGGUGCAGUCCACCCACACCGCCUUCGCAGCUCUCUUGAAUGAUGGAUCGGUCGUGGCUUGGGGCGACAAAAAUUGCGGCGGUUUCCCGGCAGAGAUCCCGGCAGAGAUCGGACAGAUCCAAUCCACCGACAGCGCCUUCGCGGCUAUAACGCUCGAUGGCAGGAUCGAGUGCUGGGGUGACGCGGAUCGAGGAGUGAUCGCCGUCCAGUCCACUCAAGGUGCCUUCGCCGCGAUUCUAGCAGAUGGCAGCGUCGCGGCAUGGGGUGAUGCAAAUGAGGGCGGCGACCUCAGCAUGGCCUUACCGGCGCUGAAGAAUGUUGUGAAGAUCCAAGCGACUGAGUCGGCUUUCGCGGCGAUUAUGGCCGAUGGCUCAGUGUCUUGCUGGGGUGAUCUGGAUGCAGGUGGCGACGGCUUCUGGUCUGCGAAUGGGGAGGACCUUUACGGGGUCGUCGACGUACAGGCCACCAGGUUUGCCUUCGCCGCAAUCACGUCCAGCGGCACCGUGUACGCUUGUGGUGGCGAGGCGGCUGGAGGUGAUUUGGAGGACUUCAUCACGGACGCCGUGGCCAUCCAGGCGACAGAGGAGGCCUUUGCCGCGAUCCUGAAGGACGGCUCCGUGCAGACCUGGGGCAAUUCGAGCAGCGGUGGAGACUGCGAGGCCGUGCGGGACCGUUUGGUGAAGGUCCGAGAGAUCCAGGCCAGCGGCCAGGCCUUCGCGGCCCUCCUGGAAGACGGCUCUGUGGUGACCUGGGGCGAUGCCGACUGUGGCCGUCGAUGCAGGCCGUGA